GCCGAACACAGAGCGCCCAGGCUGUCGAGGCUAAACCCUGGGAUGGAGUUCUGUUUUCUGGACCUGGAUCUGCCACCUUCGGUUAACGGAAGCUAGUGCUAAUCUGCUGCUGCCCUCGGAAGUGAACAGUAAAAAGAGAAACAACAGGGACAGGAUUGCUGCAUUGUGGGUUUUACUGAAUUUGCAACAUCUGAAGAACUCACCGGGCUGGUUUAGAGCCGCACUAAACUGUUCCAUGGAUCAGUGGUUCCAGAACCUUUAUGCGGAAAGACAUAGGAUAAAUAAUGUAACUUGUUAAUGUGAUUUGUUGAUGCUGUGCUCAAUUGCGGCUCUCUCCAGAGCCUCACUUGUUCCUCGUCUUCUACUCUUGAAGAUCAGUGGAGCCCGUUCUCGGCAAUAAUGGGUCCCUGAGGUUCCUGUUUCAUCUGAAACUUUUUUUUUUGUUUUCGAGAGGGACGUUCAGCAUGGCUGGACAGUGGGACCCAGUGGAUAUAGGCACUGGGAUUUCUCUAGGCGAUGUCCUGGUGAACGACCAGUCAUGUGAAGAGGCUGACCAUGGGUCCCUGUCCUCUCAGACUUUUCUUGGUCAGUCCCAGAAGACCGAAAGUGACAAUCAAGCUUCCAAAGAGGUACUGGACGAUCUCAUCUCUGUUCAGCAGGAAGACUCUGGUUAUAUGGAAGCAGUGGAAGAAAAAGUGGAAGAGAGUGGUUCCUACACGAGAACCAAUGGCAGGAUGGAUCAGCUGGAGGAAGACGAGAACGUAAUGUUUAACGAAAUUGACGACGAGCAAGGGUGCAGGAACGGCGCGGGGAAGGAUCCCAAAUUCAACGAUGAGUCUGGGUCUCGGAAUUCUGCGUCUGGAAAGAAAGGGAAGUCGAAAAAAAGUGGAUCUGGACCAGGCUCAGCACCUGGUGAGCAGUGUUCACCCACAUGGACAUCCCCGUCUUCCUUUUCCUAUAAAUCUUGCCUGUCGUCGUCAUCCUCAUCCGGACCGGGCAGACACAAGCAGGUUCGGCGACGGAACCACCACCAUCAUAACCAGGGACGCUUGAGAAGGCAGGCCGGCUUCCAGCUGUUGGUGGCGUUCCGGGAUUUCCUGGCUGAGUCGGUCAGCCCUUGGAGUAUAUCCUGCAUCCACAUGGUGGUGGACCUCAUUGUGUCUCUGACCCAUCGCUGUGGGUUCGCUGUAGAAUCAGGAGCAAUCGCACUUUACGAAUUCAGCUCGCUCGUGCUCUUCAAGGUCACGGAUGUCGCUGCCAUGAAACAGGAUUUCAGACGAGUUGCAGACUGGACCUUGAGCUCGGGCGCGGCAGUGGUGGUUUGGGUCAGCAAGGCCACAAGCUUUGUCCGACGAGCUGCUGUGACUGGUUUUAGUGUUCUGAGUUUGGCAGUGUUUCUGGGUGCUCGGUUAAUGAAGAGCGUAUUGGAUAGAUUGGGUGGUGAACGAGGAAGGCGGUGGUGGCUUGCUCUGCAGAACAGCUGGGUGUGGAGAAAAGGAGCCUUGCUUAUAGGACUAAUUCGAGGAUGGUUCUCUAAACGAAGGACCACAAGUGAAACAUCAAAUCCAGACUCUCCCUACAGGGAUAAAUGCCAGCCUGGACAAGAGCUUGAGAGACUGCUGGCACUAGCACAGGUCCCUGAAGAUGAGCUGGACCCGUUUAAUGUUUUGGGUGUGAACACUAGUGCCACAGAGUCUGAACUGAAGCGGGCCUAUAGACAGCUGGCUGUACAGGUCCAUCCAGACAAGAACAAGCAUCCACGUGCUGGUGAGGCUUUCAAAGUCCUUAGAGCAGCAUGGGACAUUGUCAGCAACCCCGAGACGAGAAGGGAGUACGAACUGAAGCGAAUGGCUGCAACCGAGCUUUCCCGCUCGAUGAACGAGUUCCUGACGAAGUUGCAGGAUGACCUGAAAGAGGCCAUGAACACCAUGAUGUGCACCAAGUGUGAGGGCAAGCACAAGCGCUUUGAGAUGGACCGAGAGCCACACGAAGCUCGUUUCUGCGCAGAGUGCAAUAAACGGCACAGUGCUGAGGAGGGAGACCUGUGGGCGGAGUCCAGCAUGCUCGGCCUGCGGAUCACCUACUUCGCCUUCAUGGACGGCAAAGUCUUUGACAUCACUGAGUGGGCCGGCUGCCAGAGGAUAGGGAUCUCUCCUGACACACAUCGCGUGCCCUACCACAUUUCCUUUGGUUCCAAAAGUAACCAACCAACCAACCGCCACCGACCCCCUUCAGAUCAUCCACCAGGUGCCGGCUCACCUGCUGACCUACAGGACUUCUUCAACCGCAUCUUCCAGGGGGCUGCUCCCGGCGACGCUUCCGCCAACGGUGGCUUCUUCCCCUCAGGAACGCCUCCCCACCACCCCUCGGGACCCGGGUCAGGAACCGGCGGACUGUUUUCAGGCCCCCCUCCUCAGCCGGGGUUCUUUAACCCUGGAGGACAACGAGGAGACCCCGGUGAAUGUUGGACUGAAGGAGGGAAGCCCCCUCGCCGGCGGAAGAAGCCACGCAAGCCUUUCCAGCGCUGAGCAGUGCCAUGGUGUGCUCCGACAACCACACGGGAAGAAUGGCAGAUUGUGGCGGACCCAGCCUGCCACAGUCUGGGUUCUGGGUCUGGCCUGGUGAAUUUGUGCAGCCAGGGCACAACGAGGGCAAUUAUGGGUUGAUUGACCUCAGAAGAAUGUUUUUUUUUUUUUUUCAGUGUUGGUGUGUCGAAUCUUCUCAAUGCCAACAGGACUCGGGUAAAAACUCUGUGCUGUGUUUAAGACGGUUGGCAAAAGGAAAACGAUCUGCAAUUGUAGCCUUUUGUGGGUAAAUUACAAGUUGUUUCUUUUUUUUUUUUCUUCUUCUAAUCGUGUCUGAUAGGCACGACUUGUCCAUGCCACUCGAUUCACAAGAUUAACGUGAAAUAAUUUGCAGAAGUGAUUUAUUAAAUUUUUUUUUCCUUCA